AUGUCGAUAUCACAAAUUCUAAACGGUAGAGGAUAUUCUGAGAUGCCUCCUCCCGAUCAAGCUUCGUAUCCGACCAUGACACAGCAAUCUCCGCCGCCUUCAACGACCACGUCUCGCCAGGGCCCACCUAAGCAGAUCCACCGAAACCGAGCACAACACAUAUGCCACUCAUGUCGACGGCGGAAAGUGAAAUGCGACAGGCAGCACCCCGUCUGUGGCGGUUGUGCGAAGAUGGGAGUACCAUGCGAGUGGAGCGAUAAUUCGCAGAUAUCAGGGAAAGAUAACACCAAGCAAUCGUCGAGUUCGCAGCAGCCACCGCCAAAUGGGGCCAGCAUGUCGCCUCAGGUCUACAAUGGAGGGAACAUGCCGCCUCCAGUUUUAAAUCCCAGUCAAGCUCCAUUGCCAAAACGUGGGCAUAAACGUCAGAGAACACACCCGGAUGCUGCAAUAUCAGAGGAGUCGGAUUCAUUUUCCGAUGACCAGAGAUUCGAUGUUACCAGGCACGCUUUUGGAAGAGAUUCAAUGCCCUUUUACCCCGGUGGGCUUGGGAGAAGUAAUUCUGGGGCAGGAGGAGGAGGGCGUCCUGUGGAGGACUUACUCGAGGUUCGAUUGGGACGGCUGGCAGAGAUUGUAGAUAAGUGGUGUAGAGAAACCUAUCUGGGUGGUGGAGCACCUCCGCAGGGUGGUCUUAAUCAUGAAAGCCUUAUGAAAGACCUAAAGGACCUCCAAGCGAUUACGAAACGGAGAGGGAGCACAAGUACUGAACCUAUAACCACCACAUCUUCCGUUCCUCCGCCGUGGGAGAACGCCCAAAGCGACUAUAGCCCCUAUAGGCAGGAUACACAGUUACCUGGAGGCCUGAGAAGUCCGAGCACUAGUGCUAUGGAUACUUCUGAAUCGGUUACCCAUACCGAAGAUCUUCCAAUGAGCCCCUUCAACGACCCUCCCGCCCCGAUGGAACAUUUUGACAACAAUUUGAAUAUACCUGGUCAAGAGAAGAUCCCAACAAACUGGCAAGCAUUUCGUUCGAAGGGUAUGGAGGAUCUAUCGAACUUAUUUGACCAGUCGACUGAGCAAACAAACGAAGAACGAAAUCUGGAAGAUGUAAUUGACCCUCGGAUUAAAGGGCCACCAACUACACCAAAGGCUCGAAAGGGGAAAAGAGGACAACAGCAGGGCCCUAACCCGUCUGUUAACCCAACCGAAGAUGAUGACCUAUCUCUUGGCCAUUUAAGCAUACAAGAAGAUGGAAGAACGAGAUAUGUUGGUAGCACAUUUUGGGCUUUUAUAAGCAAUGAAAUAACAGAGCUCAACCAAGUUCUACAGUCGCAAAACGAUAACACGGCGGAGAAACAGAUGACACCGAAUGGGGAGCCAAACCCCAAAACUUGUAACCUUAUGGAAGAUGAAGAAAAGUGUUCUGGUACUGAGAACGAAGGCCACAAUAAUGAGAAUCACGCCAAUAGGGUUCAAAAGCUGACUACACCCCCGGACUCGGUUGUUUCUAGUAAGCCAUCUCCAGCAGAAUACCCGGUACAUCCUUCCCACGAGAUGACGAGAAUUAUGGCUGCCCUUGAUGACGGACAUGACAAUGAUCACCGAAUGCCUGUCAAUCCAAAGAGAGACAUGUCCCGAUUCAAGAUCCUCCCAGAGAACUCGACGAUGUGCACAGCUGCUAAGCUACAAGCUGGUUUUGCGCCGGAACUUCAAGCACGACAAAUGGUCUGGUUUUUGAGAUACCUCCCACUUGAGCACCAGUCACACGCUCUUUAUAAGGCUUUUCUAAGUGGUGUCCACCCUGUGGUCCCACUUCUACACGCACCUUCCUUCAAUAAAGACUAUACCAACUUCUGGAAGUUAAAAGAGCAUGAAACGACAGAUGACAUCCAUUUCAGCCCGACGUUUAUCCCGCUACUAUUCGCGGUGUUGUUCACCGGCGCUCUAUCUAUAUCGAAUAGAAAAUUUCAGGAGGUGUUCCCUGAGAAGGACCAUUCGCGCAAUACUAUCACUGGGCAUUUGAACAGGGCAGCUCAUGGGGCACUCGCCAUAACGGCUUUUCCUCGAGGUCCAACCCUUUCAUCUCUUAUUGCGUAUUUACUACUUCACACCUGCAAAAUUCGGGAGGAGGAACCUUUGACAUCCUAUUCUUUCGUUGGUGUUGCCAUGAGGGCAGCUCAGAGUGCCGGGCUCCACAGGGAGCCGAGCAGUUUUAGAGGGUUAAACGAAGUUGAAAGAGAAGUUCGGCGACGGAUCUGGUGGCAUAUAAUAUAUCUAGAUGUACAGGCUGCCAUAGCUACGGGAUUACCACCGCUCGGUGGGAGUGAUGAAUCUGCAUUCGACACUCAGAUGGUGAGUGAACUUAAGGACGAGUAUAUCGGAGCACCGAGUCCUGUUACGGCCGAAGAUAUCAAGAAAGACGAAGCUGCGGUGAUGAAUAGUUGUACGGGUCUACCGGAUGGCCUGCUCAAUACGCGAUCUUCAACAGCUAUGAUCGCUGCAGUUGGUCGGUACGAGGCCACUCGGGUUCUUAGGAGGCUCGUGUCGUCUCUGUUCAGCGUCAAAGUUCCGCAAAAGCAGGACGUUACUGCAAUGGGGAAGAUUAUAUGUGACCUCCAAGAAAAGAUUGAUGAGAGAAUAAACAGAAUACCUGCAAGAGGCAUACCAGAGAUGGGAUUUGUCCCACCUGGUGGUGCUGAUGAGGAGAAUUCGACGGAGGCUGAGAAGCUGGAAAACUUCAACGGGUGGGCGAGGACGAUGCUCAGUUUGAUGUAUGACAAAUGCUUCUCUGUCCUCUACCAGCCGUUCCUAAGAACCAUUCUAAGUAUGCAGUGGCAACAUGCCCGCCAAUGUCCUAACUCAGAUGAGGCCCGCCCUAGUCAGAAGCUACUCGACGAAGUAUUUGAGCUAUUCGGCCCAGAUGGGAAUGGGAAUCCGAAUUCCACUUCUGGUGCCUACGAUGCACUAGCUCAACGCCCUCUUGUAGAGGGUGGCAAAGAGGCGUGGGCUAUGAUGGCCAGAUUCCGAGCCAAGGCCUAUGCCAGAGCAUCCGGAGGGGUUCAUUUGCUGCCACAGCAAGGUCCCCCUUCUAAUCCCGCUGUCGCUGCCGCUGCCGCUGCCAGCACUUCUAAGGCCAGCAAGGUAUCUCAGGUAGCCUCCAGCGGGCGGCAAGGCUUCACGGAGAAGGAGAUAGAUGAAAUUAUUGAGCGUAGUAUACGCAAACCUGGCCAACGGUCAACAGAUCCGCAGAUGCUCAUAUCCGCAUUGACCCCAUCGGAACAAGAAAACGGCAUUGCUGCUUCAGAAACAUCCCUAGUAGCGGGACCAUCGCCGCCCUUGUCGAACGCUUCGGCAGUCCAAGAGUCCAGGCCUCAGAACUUGGACUAUUCUGUUGUUGAUGACUUGCCAAUAUUUUCUGAGAUAAAUAAUGGAGGGCAUGGAUACAAUCCACCGGAUCAGUCCUAUACAAACCAGGGCUUCCAAGGAGGGCUAUCAUUUUCGCCCAAUGAUUUUAUGUCAUACGACAAUGGAUAUACUAUUGGUGGGGUCAGUCUCGACGCUGCUGGCUAUCCCGUCAUCAUGGCUCCAGGAGUCAUGUACAAUAUGGAGACGGGCCAAGCUCAGGUACAAUACGAGGACCACGGUGGCAAUGUGGAUUCUCGGAGCAGUAACGAGAGCCAUAACAAUGAAAUUUUUAUGGAUAUGUCGAGAGAUAAUAUUGACUGGCAUGCCUGGGACAAGACGUUCGGAACCUAUGCAAGUGUUUCCCAAAAUUCGGACAUGUUGUCGAACGCUCUACACGAGCCUAUGCAAAUUCCUCCGGAUAAUUUUUCUAGAGAGAAUAAUUUCGUGUAA